GCAGCGGCGCCGAGAGGGGCUGAAGAUGGCAGCGGAGCCUGGCACGACCGCGGUGAGGGAGCCGCACAGGUUUGACCAGGGAGCGCUGGAGAAAUACCUCUCCCGCCACUUGGCCGGGUUUCCUGUGCAGCCCCCCGACGCGCUGGCAGCCCGGCAGUACAGCUCAGGCCAGUCCAAUCCAACCUUUUACUUGCAGAAGGGUUUUAGGACAUAUGUGCUUAGGAAGAAGCCUCAUGGCCCUCUUCUGCCUAGAGCUCACAAGGUUGAGAGAGAAUAUCAUGUGCAGAAAGCAUUAUUUUCAGCUGGAUUUCCAGUUCCUGAGCCCCUGCUGUAUUGCAGUGAUGUUUCUGUGAUUGGAACUGAAUUUUAUGUGAUGGAACAUGUACAGGGUCGCAUAUUCCGAGACAUCACACUACCUGAAGUCAGUCCAGCGGAGCGAUCUGCUUUGUAUGUUGCUAUGAUAGAAACCCUGGCCCGGUUGCACUCAUUCAGUUUGCAUUCAUUGGGUCUCCAAGGAUAUGGCAGAGGACCGGGAUACUGUAGGAGGCAGGUUACAACUUGGAAGAAACAGUAUGAUGCAUCUGCUCACGUAGACAUUCCUGCUAUGAACCAGCUGGCUGAGUGGUUAAUGAACAACUUGCCAGCUGGUGAUAAUGAGGAAAAUCUGAUUCAUGGAGAUUUUAGAAUAGAUAACAUCAUUUUCCAUCCAAGAGAGGCUCGUGUUGUGGCAGUCCUGGACUGGGAACUUUCAACCACUGGGCAUCCUUUAGCAGAUUUAGCUUAUACUGCUGCAUUUUACUUCUGGCCUAACACAAUUAAACAGUUAGGCCAAGGGGGUACCUUGAGUUUUAGAGAUACUGUAGGAAUUCCAUCACUUGAAGAAUUGACUUCAGUUUACUGCCGCUGCAGGGGUAUUAGCACAGAUUUACCCAACUUGAAUUUCUUUCUUGCUCUUUCGUAUUUUAAAAUAGCUGGAAUAUGCCAGGGUGUAUAUGCUAGAUAUCUCCUUGGAAAUUCUUCUGCAGAGAAUAGUUAUGAGUUCGCUGAGAUGGUGAAACCCUUGGCAGAAACCGGAUUACUGCUCUCGAAAAGAACUUCUUUCACGAGUGAUGCACAACCCAGCGGUACAGGAGAGCUGUUCCAGCAAACUAAAAAAGGCCAGGAGGUUCUGCGGAAGGUGAAGCAGUUCAUGAAGCAGCACGUGUUUCCAGCUGAAAAGGAAGUGGUUGAGUACUAUGCCAGGGAUGAAAAUUCACUGGACAGAUGGAAGAAACCUUCAGUGAUUGAGAAACUGAAGGAAAUGGCCAAAGCAGAGGGUCUGUGGAACCUCUUCCUGCCAGCCAUCAGUGGUCUGAGUCAGGUUGACUAUGCAUUAAUUGCAGAGGAGACAGGAAAAUGCUUCUUUGCCCCAGAAAUUUUCAAUUGUCAAGCACCAGAUACUGGAAACAUGGAGGUCCUGCAUUUGUAUGGGUCUGAAGAGCAAAAGAAACAGUGGCUUGAGCCUCUUCUUCAAGGGAAAAUUAGUUCUUGCUUCUGCAUGACAGAGCCUGAUGUUGCUUCGAGUGAUGCCACCAACAUGGAAUGCAGCAUUCAGCGAGAUGGAGAUAGCUAUGUAAUCAAUGGCAAGAAAUGGUGGAGCAGUGGGGCUGGGAAUACAAAUUGCAAAGUCGCACUUGUGAUGGCCAAAAAUAAAAAUCUUUCUGCAUCCAGGUACAGACAGCACAGUAUGAUCAUAGUUCCACUGGACAUACCAGGCUUGAAACUUGUAAGACCUCUUUCCGUGUUUGGCUACCUGGAUCAGCCCCACGGUGGACAUUUUGAAAUACAUUUUAAUGAAGUGCGAGUACCUGCCUCCAAUUUAAUACUAGGUGAAGGAAGAGGUUUUGAGAUCGCUCAGGGUCGGCUUGGGCCAGGCCGUAUUCACCACUGCAUGAGAUCCAUAGGUACAGCUGAAUCUGCUCUACAGAUAAUGUGUGAGCGUGCAGCUCAGAGGGUGACCUUUGGGAAGAAACUGUACCAUCAUGAGGUUGUUGCCCAUUGGAUUGCUGAAAGCCGCAUCGCUAUUGAGCAGGCCCGAUUGCUUACACUGAAAGCAGCCAGCAGCAUUGAUACCAAGGGCAGUGCACAAGCAAGGAAAGAGAUAGCUAUGAUCAAGGUGGUUGCACCCAGAGCUGUCCUUAAAGUGCUGGACUAUGCAAUCCAAGUUUGUGGAGGAGCUGGAGUUUCUCAGGAUUUUCCUUUGGCUCGUAUGUUUGCCUUUAUUCGGACCCUGCGAAUAGCUGAUGGGCCUGAUGAAGUUCACCUCUCAGCAAUUGCAAAACUGGAACUAUGGGACCAAGCCAAGCAACUGACCUCAAAGAUGUAAAAGUUUAGUCUAAUUGUACAAGAGCAUUAGUGCUGUUUUAUGAGGAACACCUCUGAAUGACUUAGAGGGAGGGGCAAUACUCAGGGUAUUUGAACUAAAAUUAUCUAUAUUUUUAAUAUUUACCAAAAUGUUAAUUUUCUACAUUCUUCACUGAUAAGUUUAAUAGUUCAAGGGUAUCUUGAAUUUGUUUUGCUUAGAGGUACUUGUGUCCUAAGCUGUUAAAUAACAUUUUUCCAGUUAAUCUUCCAGCUAGUGACCUGAAAGGUUACUUUAUCAAGCCCUUAGUUGUUCUUAUGUCACUGAUGUUCUCUCAGUCCAGGCCUCUGUGAAGCUGUCUGUUUGUGGGGCACUGCAUCUAGCUAAAGCUUGCAGUUUACUGUUUAAGAUUUAAAGUGUCACUAAUGCAUUGAAUAAGUCUGAAUAAAAGAUUUCUCCCCCAA